GCAGCCGAUAAAUAGCCUUGCCUGCAGCUGGAGGUGGAGAGGCGGUGUCAGCUGCAGCAGGUUGUGUGCUCCGCGGGUCCUGCACACCGGGCUUGGCUGGAAGACACUGGGGGAUCCCGUGCAGAGUCGCACACGAGGAUGGCUUGUGAAAUCAUGCCGCUGAGAAGUGCUCAUGUAUCCCAAGUCAGCAAUGUUUCAACAACUGGAGAGCUCUUAGAAAGAACCAUCAGGUCAGCAGUAGAAGAACAUCUUUUUGAUGUCAACAGCUCUGGAGAUCAAAGUGCAGAAGACUCAGAACCUGGACCGUCGCCAGCAUCUUCCACACCCACCAGGCACCGAGGGCAUCAAUUUAAGAAGCAGGAUGAUGUUUGGAAUGGUCGAGACAAGGAACUUAUCAAUAAGGAGAAUAUUCCCUAUGGCUUCAGCAACUAUGAUGAGUGUAUUUUGAACGUCCAGGAAGCAGAAAGAUUCCCGGAUGAUACUUGUGAUUAUGUAGAAGAAAGAAGUAAACCCAAGCGUCAGAAAUCCAGUUUCAGGCUUACAGAGCUCAGUGAAAAUCAUGAUGGGCUCCUGAACAUGGAAAGUCUUGGUUCUGUGCAGUCGCAAGAAAGACCUGGACCUGAAGCUGUGGAACUGAGGUCCAAUGAAAGCAAAGAAAAUGGAAGAGAUGGUGGAGACACUCAGCAUUACGAGAGCCCCACAAUGAAGAUUCAGGAGCAUCCCAGUAUAUCUGACACCAAACAACAGAGGAAUCAAGAUGUCGAUGAUCAGCAAGAGAGCUUUGUCCCUGAAAUGCCCCCGUUGGACCUGACAGCAUUGUGCGAUGAGAAGAACUGGGAAGAGCCCCUCCCUUCCUGGCAGCAAGAGAAUGUGGACUCUGAUGAAGCCCGCCUCUCCCCGCAGGCUGGGCGCCUGAUUCACCAGCUUCUGGAUGAGGACAGUGACCCCAUGCUGUCCCCCAGGUUCUAUGCCUAUGGGCAGAGCAGGCAGUACCUGGAUGACACAGAAGUACCUCCAUCUCCGCCAAAUUCCCAUUCUUUCAUGAGGCGGAGAAGCUCUUCCCUUGGGUCCUACGAUGAUGAGCAAGAGGACUUGACACCUGUGCAGCUCACCCGAAGGAUCCAGACCCUUAAAAAGAAGAUCCGCAAGUUUGAGGACAGGUUUGAAGAGGAGAGGAAGUACAGACCCUCCCACAGCGAUAAAGCAGCCAACCCAGAGGUUCUGAAGUGGACAAAUGACUUGGCCAAAUUCCGGAAACAGCUUAAAGAGUCGAAACUAAAGAUCUCUGAAGAGGACCUCACCCCCAGGACACGGCAACGAAGCAACACACUCCCCAAGAGCUUUGGUUCCCAGCUAGAAAAGGAAGAUGAGAAGAAGCAAGAACUGGUGGAUAAAGCCAUCAGGCCCAGCGUGGAAGCUACACUGGAGUGCAUACAGAGGAAGCUCCAAGAGAAGCGAGAGGAGUCUAGCCGUCCUGAGGACAUUAAGGAUAUGACCAAGGACCAAAUUGCCAAUGAGAAAGUGGCCCUGCAGAAAGCGCUUCUAUACUAUGAAAGCAUCCACGGGAGGCCGGUGACAAAGACUGAGCGUCAGAUUAUGAAGCCUCUGUAUGAUAGGUACCGACUGGUCAAACAGAUCCUGUCCCGGGCCAGCACUGUCCCCAUCAUUGGGUCCCCUUCCAGCAAACGGAGAAGCCCUUUGCUGCAGCCAAUUAUCGAGGGCGAAACUGCUUCCUUCUUCAAGGAGAGAAAGGAACAAGAGGAGGGGUCAGAGGAUGACAGCGCCACCAAGCCAGACUUCACAGUCACUCUGAAGACAGACUGCAGUGCACACUGUUUCCUGGACCAACUUGAAGACGAUGCUGAUGGAUUUAUUUCACCAAUGGAUGACAAAAUGCCAUCAAAAUGCAGCCAGGACUCAGGCCUUUCAAACCUCCACUCUGCUUCAAUACCUGAACUCUUGGAAUACCUUCAGGAAAUGAGAGAAGAGAAGAAAAUGAUUAGAAAGAAACUCCAUGAUUUUGAGGACAACUUCUUCAGACAAAAUGGGAGAAACGUCCAGAAGGAAGACCGUACUCCGAUGGCCGAGGAAUACAAUGAAUACAAGCACAUAAAGGCGAAGCUACGGCUGCUGGAGGUGCUUAUCAGCAAGAGAGACGCUGAUUCCAAGUCUAUGUGAAGGACUAGCAGCGUGGACAACAGCUUUCCCAGGAAAGAUUAGCUCCGGAAGGCAGCCUUGGAGCUAUACCUUCGAAGCAGGCAACCUCCUGCCUCUGAGCCAUCAGAUUAGCUCCUGCUUCCAUGGCCUGCCUUUGAAACUGCCUGCAUGGAAGAUGACAGUGUGACCUGACCUAGGAAUUUCAUGAUGGGAGAGUCGAGACUCCUACCCAUGUCAACGCACACUGCAGUAAGAACUUAAGGGACAUGAGCAGUGAUCAGACACACCAUCAGACACACCCCUCUACAGAUAACUUGCUGUUCUUCCCUGACAACUAAGAAACACAAGGCCAUCCUAAAACUGUGACAAACACAAGCUCAGGACUUCCCUCGCAGAGCCUGCUUCUUGGGGCGGUCUGUGCUCUCCCUGGCCCCCACCACAUGGUGACCAUGCUUUGGUGUACCAUUUGCUGCCUUGGCCGUUUCCCCGAGCUAUAAUUAUUCUCUCCCACCGAUGAUCUAUUUCCCGUUAGCUCUCAGGUAGAUGGAAGCUGUAUCUGCCAGAGGUGGCAGGGCAGUCCUUUCGUUGAUGCGCUCUCAGCCGACAGACUUUAAGUCCCUGCCUCAUACUUGUGUAUGCUGAGGACAGAGUGACAACCGAAGUAGCUAUGCAGAUGCGAUUUUUAAAAUCAGGUGACAGCUGAAGAGCCUGAAACCUCUUCAAGACACUGACUGCACUUUCCAGCCUCAGACAUUGUUGAACACAAAACAAGGCCAGUGUUCCUACGAUAACAUGUUUGGGGCUCAAUUUUGUUGUUGCACUAGCCAAACAAAGGGGUCUUGCUUAAUUAUUAGACUAGGUCUAGACUCUCCUGGGAGAGAGGAGUCUGUAUCAGCCUCCUGAGCUUACCAGAGUUUAAUUUUUCUACGAAAGUGAGUCUGCACUAAAAUCCUUAAAUGGAUGGGUAAGAAGAUGUAGCCCUCAGAGCUCAGCUCCGUCUCAAGGCAGGAUCUAGAUCCCAGUUUCCAAGAUGAUACAUAAACAAAAUGGUGUGUGGCCAAUUUCGAUGCUCUUUUUUUCCCCCCAAAGUCUAUGUCACAAAGCGGUCUAUAUUAGACAUUUUGGAGGGACCAGGGAACUUAAGACGCCCAAUCCUUCAUCUCUUCUGUGUGCUUGCUGUCACUCUGCUGUGUUGUUUCUUUUCACCCACCGUGUCUGUCUGAAGAACGAAGCCUGGGCUUUGCAGGCACCGCACGAGGUGCGUGACAGCCUUGCCUGGGACGACUGCGGCAGAGGCUGGGCAGGCAGCAGGGAAACCUCGUUCUGUUUGGAGAGUCGCCUUCUGCGGGGUGCAGUGUGAAGGAGGAGAAGGGGAAGUUGUAACACCCGUGGCAAUGAUAACACCAGUUUGGGGUUCUCCGGUCAGAUGAUUUUUCAGGACUGCUCUCCUCACUGCAGCUCAGUCAUCAGGGGGCUCUUUCAGUAAUGGGGCUGGGGGUGGAGAAUUCCUUCCGUUUUGCUUUUACAAAUAAUCACAUAGAAGCAUGAGCUAUGUGUUGGAAACACUCUGUUUUCAUCCACACACUUAAAGACGGUACAUAAUCCUACAAAUUUCAAUAGACAUGGAGAGGUAGUUCGAUGUUCUUUGCUCUGCUGUUUACAUUUGCCGAUUUCAAAAAGCUGUAUUAGAAAUGAAAUUAUGUAAUGUAGGAUUGUUUUCUAUUUUUGAAGCCUGAACAUCAAUCAUUCACAUGACCAAAAAUUGUAUUUUUAAAAAGAAAUCCAUAUCUAGUCUGUAAUUUUUAACUACUUAUUCUCCUAAGUAAAGUGUGGAAUAACUCAAAUUAGUACCAGUUAAUGUUUAAAGCACAUGGGGGCUCAGGAGUAUUGUUUUGAAAAAAAAUACACUAGAGGUUUUUUUUCUAAGCUGCAUAUAAAUGAAAUGCUACUAGAUGUUUUGAAAUCCAUUGUUUUCACCAAAGGUAAAUGAACUAAAAGACUUAUCAGGACUCCCACUCAGUUUUAUGUGAUCAAUAAAAUACCAAGUUAUUGGAAAAUAAAUCAUGUAUGGGAUGGUUUCCUUCAUAAUCUCUAACCCGUUUUCCUCAUAAAAUGGAGUCUAAACGAAUGUGGGAGCUGUGUUUAUACCAGGUCUUCUCUGCAGGCAUAUUACUCAGCGGUUUCUGGCUCUGCUAGAAGUGUGGGGGAAAGUGGUUUCCAUGGCAACUGUCUCUGCAGCUCUCUGUCUCCAAGCACUAGAGGCAGCAUCUUAAUUGGCUUCACACAAACAGAAUGCUGUAGGCUAGGGAUUCUUUUUGCUCUCUUGAGAACAAGCAUGUAUCUUAGUACAUAACAAGAAAAAACAUCAAGGGUUAUGUAAGAAUAAGCUUGACUAUGUGAUCAUGAGGAUUAACGGGGUGGCAAAAUCAUGUAAUGUUUAUAAAUGCUUGCUUUUAUUGUGUAUAGUCUAGAAU